AUGGUGUGUUUGUUGUGCAAUACAGUUUUAACUACUUUGAAAAAAGCUAAUGCAAAUAAACACUAUUUGACUCAUAAAGAGCAUAAAUAUUUUAACUUAGAAGGUGAAUCUCGACGAGCUAUACUUCAAAAAUUAAAAAAUGAAAAACAUCAUCAACAAGCGUCAGUUAGUGCUUUUGUAAAGAAAAGUACCACUGCAGUUGAUGUUACUUAUAAAAUUGCUCUUAUACUUGGAAAAAGGGGCAAAACGUUUGCCGACGUAGCAAUAAUUAAAGAAUGUAUUGUUGAAGCGGUAGGUAUGUUAGAUCCAGAAAAUGUUGCUAAAUAUAAACAAUUGCCUCUUUCAAGAAGAACUAUAACAGAUCGGCAGCACGAUUUAGCUCAAAAUGUAACAGAGCAACUUUGUAUAAUUAUACAAAAUGAAGAUGUUUAUUUUUCAAUUGUUUUGGAUGAAAGCACUGAUAGAACUGACUUGGCGCAAGUUUUAUAUUUUAUUCGUGCUGUAACUAAAGAUUUUCAGUGUUAUGAAGAACUUCUUGCGCUAGGUACACUAACUGGAAGAACUCGUGGAGUUGACAUUUUCGAAAACUUCAGAGAAAUAUGUCAUCGCUUACAAUUAAAUAUCAAUAACUUAGUAAGUGUCUGCACCGAUGGCGCACCUUCUAUGAGAGGUAAAAAAGAAGGAUUUUUGCAUUAUUAA